AUGGAGGUCGUCGGGAUUUCCAAGACGUUGGUUGAAGCCCUGGUGGACAAGGUCAAGUCCGCUAUGAAGGAGGCGGCUGAGCAAUGGCAAACCCUGCAACGAGAUACUGUUUUCAUCAAGGAUGAGUUCGAGAUGAUGAAGUCCUUCCUCAACACCGCCGAUGAGGAGUUCAUGAAGAACCAGGUGACAAGGACCUGGGUGGGGCAGGUCCGCGACCUAUCCUAUGACACUGAAGACAACAUUGAGUUUGUCCUUCACCUGGGCACAAAGCGGUCAUGGUGGCCUCGCUUACAGCAGUCCUUCUUACAGGCUCCCUGGAAGGCACGAGUGCUGGCCCUGGACCGAGCGGUUGCUGAGCUGCUCAAGGCCCGAGCUGAGGAUGUGAACCAGAGGAACUUGCGCUACAACCCCAUCGGCAACUUGAGAGAGCAGAUGAUGAAGAAUUCUGCUGGCAGUGCCAGCCAAAGGACAUCGGACAUGUUCAUCAAGCCGAGACAUGGCUUUGAUAAACAUAACGGCAUUUUGGAUCUCACCAGGUUGAUAACCACAGAGGACAAGGGCCUUGGAGUGGUCUCGGUCUUUGGAACAGAAGGCGAUCUUGGGAUAGUAUCCAUCAUUAAGAAGGUGUAUGAUGACCUUGGAGUUUAUGAAUUAAUUAAUUACAUACAUAACUGA